AUGGAUUACAAAAAACAGUUGCAGACAGAGUACAGUGAAUGGAAUAAUAAAAAGGUGAAAAAGUACCAGAGAGCCAUACAAGUAAAAGGAUACACUGAGGAGCAGAUAUACAAUCAAAUAGAAAAUAUAACAAACAUAGCCAUAAAAGAGGUAGAAGAGUAUUUAGUAGAUUAUAUGAACAAAGAACCACUAAGUGAAGAGGGGUCCGCAGAUGAAGAGAGUUCUGAAGGUGCCAAUGAGGUAAGUGAAGUAUCUGGGGAGAGUGAAUCAGAGCACUCAGAAGUAGAGGAUGAAGAUGAUUUAAGUGUAUGUAGUGAUAAUGAUGAGGCAGAAAGCAAUCAAUCUGAGGAUGCUGAUGGCGAAUUAUCUGACGUACAAAGUGUUGAUCUGGAUAAAUUAGAUGAAGUAGAGAGUAAUGACCAUGACUACUCUUCUGGUGAAUUAAAUGACAUUUAUGGAUAUUUAGAGAAUGAAUGCGAGGAGUCUGGGGAUCUUUUAGAUGAGCCUGCUUUGGAUACGUUAAGAAAGCUUGGGAAAUAA